UUCUCUACUUCUCUUCUCAUCCCGUCUCUCCUCCAAGCUCCCGCCGUGGGGUCUCAGCUCUCCGUCUCCCUCCCCCCCUCCCUUGCUCCCUACCUCCCCCGGGCGCUGCUGGGAGCCUCCGGGCUGCUGCGCCGCAGGAGGAUGUCGCGCCGGGAGUCUCCGCCGCCACCCUCGCCACCUCCGCAGCUGCUGGGAGUGCAGAGAGGAAAGGUGGAGUGCGAGGACCGUCCGGAGCGCGCGGAGCCGCUGUCCGACACCGAGAGGGAGAUCGUCCAGGACACGUGGGGGCACGUCUACAAGAACUGUGAGGAUGUGGGGGUGUCUGUUCUCAUAAGGUUUUUUGUCAACUUCCCAUCGGCCAAACAGUAUUUUAGCCAGUUUCAGCACCUGGAGGAUCCUGAGGAGAUGGCACGGAGCAGCCAACUCCGGCAGCAUGCCUGCAGGGUGAUGAAUGCCAUCAACAGUGUGGUGGAAAACCUCCACGACCCUGAGAAGGUGUCGUCGGUGCUGGCCCUGGUGGGAAAAGCCCACGCUAUCAAACACAAAGUGGAACCCGUGUACUUUAAGAUCCUGAGCAGUGUGAUGCUGGAGGUGUUUUCUGAAGAUUUCCCAGAAUUCUUCACGGCAGAGGUGCAGAUGGUGUGGACCAAACUGAUGGGGGCGGUGUACUGGCAUGUGACGGGGGCCUACACAGAGGUGGGCUGGCUCCAGGUCUCCAGCUCGGCUGUGUGAAGAGUCGGGAAGAAGAGGUGGUAAAGAAGUUUUCAGUGGACUCAAUGAAGUUUAAAGAGAGGCAAAAUAAUGUGUUUAAAAUGUUGAUGGAGAUUUUGCGACGAUGGUUUCACAGACAUGGAUCAGAUUAACAUGGUAAUCCGUGCAGUUUUGUUUCUUUAUUCAACUUCUUUUGGAUGAAGCACCAAAAAGCUUAGCAUUUUGGUGCUAAGCUUUGCACGUCUCGGAGAUCAGAUCAGUUGGACACCAAGUAAUGUAGCCAAACAUUUUUAUUUAACUGCUGUUAGAUUUCCACUUACAUCAGUGGCGCUCUGCUGUGUUAUCACUGCUAAGGCUAACUAUCAGUUCGACAUCCGCACACACUGCUGUUGCUGCCAGAGGCACACAACCAGUCACUUUCUGUGUAGCAUAAAAUCUUCCUUUUUAUACACCUGCUGAGAUAAGACUGCUUCAAAAGUGUUAAUGAACUUCUAAAAUCAAUUAAAAGGUGACCAAUCCUUCUGUUUGUAAGCCUGUCAAGCUUUGCAUUCUUGCAAAGGGCUCAAAAUUGUAGCAGUGGCAGAUGCACUUUAAUUAGAGACAGAUGAGGAUAAAAGCAGAAUUUGCUAAUCGACAUUAGCUGUGCAAGUUAAUAUAUUUCUAGAGUUGUAAAUAUGAAGUGCAGCUGCAGCCUGCAAGUACCGUAAAAGACGAAAGAAUAUGUGUGAAAAAUGUGGAAGACUUAUUUUUUUGGAUGUCCUUGCCGGCACUGUAGCAAUCAGAAUUAUUGUCUGAAGGCCAAGAAAAAACUCCAACAGAUUUAUUUUCCCAAGCAGACCAUUAUGGCAAAAGCCAUAAUGGUCCACUUGAUGGUCAUAUUUUAUUUUUAUUUUUUAUUUUUCCUUGUAUGAUGGUAUCUUAUGGAGUCUUUAAUACCUGUCAAAACACAGCAUUUUUUUCCCAGACAAAAAUUACUGAAAAAGAUCACCUUUUGUCAGCUAACAAUAACUAGAGAUGGGCCGAUGGGGACGUUGUUUCCAUGUAAAACAGAGAUCCAGCUAAAUGGACAAAUUAAAUGCAUGUGUCCUUGUUCCUUUUAAAACAAAGAUAAUUGACUGACAGAUAAUCGAUUUACUACAAAACUGUUAAUGGUCAUUUAUAGUUCUUCUCCAUUUAUGCAAACUACUGAUGAUUGUUUUUAAAAUAAAUAAAACAAUUUCAGACAUUUAUCUUUUCAAAAUCACUGCAUCUUAAAACAGUUUAGAGUACAAUAACAACGAAUGAGAGAAUUUUAGCUUAUUCUUACAUUUUUUUCAUAUUAAACAGUAAAUUGAAAUUUAAUUGUAUUAUAUUUGAUUAUAUCACCUAUGUUUGAAUAGGUUUUAAAUACAUAUGCUUGUUCUAAUGAUCUAAUCGGUUGCUGAACGUGGAUCUCUUGAUAGAAAAGUAGGUCCAGGGUCGAGAAUGUUUGCUUGGUAUGUUCCCGCAGUCUUUGUCCCCCAGACGUUUAUGGUACAUAAUAGGAACCUCUUGGAACUUGUUACAGGGGUUAGCCUUAGGAGGAACUCUCUCAAAGCUAAAUAAAAUGGGAUUGUGUGACUGCACAGCUAAUUUGAGGCCUUGCUUGAAUGAAAAAUAGACAUCCAUGAAAACUGUCAUUUAAAAUGUGUCAAAUUCUACCCAAACGCAGCAAAAGGUCUAAUGUGUUUUAUCAGAAUACUGUAGAAAAAAAUCCCACCCCACCACAUCCAGAAACACAAAGCUUGACAGGCACGCUCUUACGAACAUGUAUUUUAUCCAUCUGGAGCAAGAAAAGACGUUUAUUUCUGAAAAUAAAUGCGGAUUAUACUUAACAGAGGUCAUUUCUGUGGAAACCUGCAGUUUCAAGGCGACGCACAUGAAUACACUUCACAAUACUUUGAAAGAUGGAAGAAAUGCUUAGACACAGAAUGACUUUUAGCUAUUAGACGGGGCAGUUAGUUGUUGAAGCCCCGGCUACGGGACCAUGGAGCUGCUGACUGUUAAUAGAUCCUCUUUGUGUCCUGCUUCAGUAUAUCCUCAUGUUCAGGGGACGUGCGGCCCCUUUUCUCUCUAUUUAAUGUCUUGUUUAACUUUACUGAGGUGUUGUUUGUAUAAGCGUACAGUGAGUAAAUGUGCACACUCUUCUACCUUCGUAUACAACUCAAGGACACGACCUGUGGAUGCGUAAAAGAGGGCUGGCUUUGCUUCCCCCCCCCCUCAUUUCAUCUCAUUGCACACACACACACUAACAAUGUGAAAGUGAGAUGGAAAAUAUCAGCAGGUGCACGCUUACACUUUCACGCACAGGCAUGCCGUAAGACGUCUCUCAUGUGAAUAUUUACAGGAGGGUCGCUUAGUUUACAUCUUUAAAACCCGAUCAGAGAGUCGUGCUGCUUUGAAGUCUCCAUUAAGGGCUUUAGAAACCCACUCUGGAGGUCUGUGGAAAACACAUCUGUUUCAGAAGUGCCAUCAGUCGGUUUCUUUAGAUCUCUGACCAGUCGAAAGCAAAAAAAAAAAAUCCAAGUAUUACAGAAUGUGGCCUGUGCUGCCUUCUCGUUACCUUACCUGACCUCACCUUCUUUGAAGUUCACGUGCUCCUGCUGGCAGUCCCCAUCUUCUCAAACACACACAGCAAAUCUGUUUAGGGUGGACACUUGAUCCAAUCUGCAGUUUGCGUCUGCUGCAGUGACGUCUUGUUUCUCCCAUCUGACCCCCGUCGGCAUCAGCAUCUGGCAUUAAUGAGGAGGUAAUGAGUCUCCUCUCCUCCUCAUUUGGCCAUUCAUCUACUGUAACUUCCCAUUGCCUCUGCUCGGAGCGCGUCACUGAGAAGGAAAACAAUUACAAGUGGACAUAUGGCAUUAAACCCACCGCGGUCAUUCCCAACAGCGCUAUAUACGUGCAUACACGUCUUUCAUUGACUGAAAGAAGAUUCAGAUUCUCGAUUACAAACACACAACACAAUCAAAGGAAAAAAACUGGGAUGCUGUGAAAAAUGUAAAUAAAUACAGAAAUGCAAUGAGUUGAAAUUUCAUUAACUCUUAUUUUAUUUAUAAUAGAACAUACACAACAAAUCAAAUCAUUAAAAUGAGAAAAUGUACAAUUUUUAAGAAACUCAUUUUGAAUUGAUGGCAGCAAAACAUCUCAAAAGUUGGGACAAGUCAGUGAUAACCGCUCUGUAGCAUCCUUUUUCUUUUAACAACAGUCUGUAAACAUCUGGAAACAGAGGAGAACAGCUGCUGGACUUUUGUGCCAUUUUGUCUGAUUGAGGAUUUUAGCUGCUUAAAGGUUCCAGGUCUUCUUUUGUUGUGUUUUUCAUUUUGUUGAAAGGUCGGGACUGCAGGCGGGUCAGUUCACAUCUUGAAUGAUUUGAGUAGAGAACAGUUUCUACUUUGACUCAGUCCAUUUUAAAAGAGCUUCGGCUCAGAGAAGGAGGCACUGUGUCUGGAUCGUGUUCACAUGUGGCUUCUUCUUGGCUUGAGAGAGCUUUUAGUGGCUGUCAUUGUGAUCUGUGUUCAGACGAUGUUUUCUGGAAGCCCGUGCAGUGAUUUCCAUGACAGAAUCAUGCCUGUUUAUGUUGAACAGCAUUAUUCUGGGUUAUUCCAUUUGUAGAUGGUUUUUUUUGCAUGUCAGUGACUCUGUUCCAACUUUUUUUAAGACGUGUUGCUGCCAUCGAACUAAAAAUGAGAGGUUUUUCCUGAAAUCCUAAAAUGUCUCUGCUUGAUCAUUUCUACAAAUAAAAUAUGGGUUUGAGAUUUGCACAUUCUUGCAUUCUGUUUAUAUGUUAUACAGCGUCCCAGCGUUUUUGGUAAAAGCGUUCUCUAAAGUUCUAAGUGUUUUGUUUUUGUCUUGCACCGGUGGGUUUAAAUAUUAUUCUGUCAUGAUAUCCUUUACAAAAACAGCCCCCUGAUGUGUGAUUGAAUUUUUACCAAAGAGCCCAAGUGAAGAAAACACGCAGUGCUUGUUUUUAGCUCAUCUGACUGAAAGACUGAUGCCUUGGUGAAGCUCGGUCAUCAGGUGUCGUAGGCCUACAGUACUGGUCUGAUUUUAGUGAAGCUUGCACACUUAUCACUUCACCCAAACGAUGCUCAAGGUUAAUGUUAAAUGUGUUCUUUUAUGGGCCCUUUAUCGCUUUCACUUUACAAACUUUAACAUAUUUACAACUCACUCGCACCUGAUGUACAGAACAGCAUUCGAUUCAGUCCAUUUAGCAAAAUCAUUGACAUAAAAGGAUAAAACAUUGCAUGCGCUACAAAAUAAAUAAUAAUAAUAACUUUGUGAAAUAUCAAAGGAUGCGAUGACUUCAAAUAUUACUUUUGCACACAUGUUGCAUACUACUUGGUCAUGAUGGAGGGCGUGGUCACGAUGGGGUGAGGGGGCGUGGUAGCGGAGGGCGAGGUCAUAUUGGUUGAAAUUCUUUUGUUAAAGAAGUUAAAUGAAGAAUAAUAAUAAUAUAAACUAGCACAUGCCUCUCUCACAGACAGAGCUGAAUCAAUGUAGGAUUCAAAACUAACCUUUAUUCAGGUUGAGGACAAAGGAAUACAAAAUCCUUCAAAGAGACAAACAACAGAAACUCCAGGCACGCGUGAAGGCAGAAUACAAGGGAGUAUUAACAACCACUUUGAGCUCUAAGAGAAGGAAGAUCGGGCAAUUUAUACACACAGGAGGCCAAUCAGGAGGCAAACAGAGGUGCAAACAAUCAGGAGAAAAGCACAGGCAGGAAGCAAAACUGAUGUAAGAAAGCUAGACUUCAAAAUAAAACGGUAAACAAAUGAGACGACACUUGAAGCAGACCAAGAGCAGCUAUUAACAAAAGCUGGGACACAGAAAUGAACACAUAAGGGAACCACAAAACUAAACAUUGCAUUAAAAAUGUUCAAAAUUCAGAAGUGAGACUAAACGACCCAGACCGUGAUGACGUGACAGUAAUCUGUGAAUGGCGAUGGAUCGUGUACCUUAUGAGCUGCUACAUCAACCACCUUGUGCUUCACUGACAGUCAAACAAGGUCAAGAAUUGCUUCAUAAUUUGGAUUCAACUCUUGCUUUUACUUGAUAAAUUAUAUUUGUUUCUGAACAAUUUGAGCAAAAUUGUCUCUCGAGUGGGCCUCGCUGCGUCGAGGAAAUUAGUUUUAUUAUUGGCUCAAAUUCAAAGACUGAAAAGGUUUUUAAAUUUGUCUACUUGUGUUUGUACCAAACAGUUAACCCUGUAAGCCUGAACCACAAAAAUUGCCAGAAAUUUCAAAUUGUUUGUUUGAACCAUUUGACAAAGUAAGAAAAAUAAUUACAUAUUAGUUUUCAUAUGAGUUUUAUUUUAUAUCAUUUUGCAUAUAAGAAAAGGAUUUAAUGGGGUUAGGGUUAACAAAAAUCAAACGGAUGUAGAUGUCUCACAAAGUGUCAAAUAUGACACAUCUGGUGUUGCAGGGUUGAUCCUCUAAUUAUUGCAGUUGAUGAUUUAAAAAAAAAAAAGAGUUUAAUUAUAGCAAAAACUUGUAAAAGUGGUUGUAGCUGCUGUUGAUUAAAAACAAAAAAAAACAGUGUGAUAAAAGUCCUUAUGUGGUCAUCUCCCAAUACUCGCACACCAGACGAUAAAAAAAAAGCAAUUUACUUUUUCUUUUGCUCUGUUUUUGAACAGAAACUCUUUUUGUUAACGAUUUAUUUAGACAGACGAGGCGGUCUUCACGGGGAGGUAUGGUAAAUAUCUCCAAGGAUCUCCUUUGAAAUGUCCCACAUGCACACAGGAGCAGAGAACAAACUUCUUUAUCUCACAAAUACCUAGUUUACAUCCCAAGGUAUUACAUUCACAUAGCGGCUCAGUUUCACUGAUUAGCCCGCCAUAAGAAAAUGUCACUUUGUGAUCUUUAGAUAAUGAAAUGAAAACACUACUUGCUGCUUUAACGACUCUCGACUCCUGCAAAUGUUUACUGAAAGCUCCCCUUCCAAGCUGAGCUGUGAGCUAAUCUCUCACAGCAAUGAGUCAGACAGGUGGAUAAAAAUACACGCAGGAGUCAAACAAACGUCAAGAAAACUGUUUCCACUUGGGCUCAAAUCGCUUAGGAGGCAGUAAAACUGCUGCUGGUCUUGAAUGAUCUGGUUUAAAAAUGCACUGCGGUCCUUUUCAAAGCUGCAGGCUCUGUGCAUCUCGCCAUCUGUGUGCAGCACGAACCUCACCACAAUAUAAACACACAGCAUUAUGUGUAGACACAUCCUAGUUAAACACAUCGCUGCAUUGCUUUCCACACGCACACGGUUGGGCAUGUUCUCACAUGCAAAGUUUACUAAAGCAACAUAAUUCACUUAUUUUAAUCUAAAAAUGUAAAUUUUUUGGCUCAUUCAAUCCAUAUCAUAUGUUCAUGUUCAUUCCCUUUCAGCUAAUAAGGGCAUCACAGCACAUGUGGACUUGUGCGUUUUUGUUGUGAAAUGUUCCUGUCUAUGAGUUGGAAAGUUAGGACUUUAUAUUUUUCUAAAUAUAUCUCUGAGGAGGGUUCUGUGUAUUUCAGUACUGUAUAUGCAUAUGUAACUGUACACUGUUGCUGGGAGCGAAUUCAGUGGCUUUGUAGUGUUUUUGAGCAUGUUUGCACAGACUUGUACCUUCGCAGACCUGGUGAAAAUCAAUCAUGACCAUCAAUAAAAUCUA